UUUCUGGUUAAUUUUGUAAAUUUUAAAUUACUUGCAAGACAGUCUCCUGAGUCUCAAAGUUCAAUCAAUUUACGGAUUAGUCAUUGAAAUUUUUACAAGAAAACAAGGAAGAAAGCAGGCGCACGUAAUGUCGAACAUUUCAUUGACAAUUGAUCCACCGGAGGUGGAUGAUCGCGAGGAGGAGGAAGCCAAAUGGAUGCAACUGUACUUCCAGCAGUUCUCCAGCGAAAGGCUGGUGAAAUCAAGCCCAACUGACGUAGAUGAAGCAUUUCCAGCGGAAGCGAUGGCAGGCAGAAACCGCAGGGCCUUGCGGCCAGUUCCACAGGGCAGCCGGCGCCGCCGUUCUCGGCGUCUCUCAGGCCUACGACUCCGUGGGGCAGGUAACCGCCGCCUCUUCCCCAAUAUUGGACGUGUGUUUCGUGCACGGAAUCCCCUCGGACGCUUCCAUCGACUGCAUCGAGUACGCGACAUCAGUUCGGACGAUAAUCUAGGCGCUGAUGUUCUGGCCCGUGCUGGUUAUGUGUAUCGCGCACGCUGAUGAAACCGAUGACCUCGAGCUUCUUUUCCAUGAAUAAAGAAAAUUAUUGCAA